AGUUGUUGAUUGCAAUCUCUCCUGCCUCACUCUGCUGUCUUGUCUUGGCGGCAACACAGCAACCACAUCUAUUCUUCGUGCUGUGGAGCGUCAAACCCUCACACACCUGUAACGCUCGCGUACACGCAUCCCCCCAAAAACGUGAGCAAGCAGUCUUUUCUAAAUAUCUGCCCUCACUUUAAGCAUUCCUGCACGUUAAUUGAUACCCGUAAAUCACCGCCAGGCGGAUUUAAUAGCCCUCCAAAACAUCAACGACUGAAGGCCGAAAAUGAAUCAGUCAGUGCUGCCGUUAGUUCAGAGCCUGGUGGAGAAGAUGCUCACGGCGCGGGACACGCGCAUCCAGCGCCAAAUUCUAAUAAAAGAAGAAGAAAUACGGACUGUUUUACGGGUGGUGCGAGAAGUCUUUAUGUCUCAGCCGAUGCUGCUAGAGAUUCGCCCACCGGUGCGCGUGUGUGGUGACACGCACGGCCAGUACUACGAUCUCCUCCGCAUUUAUGAGAAGUGUGGCUUCCCUCCGUACUCGAACUACCUGUUCCUUGGCGACUACGUAGACCGCGGCAAGCACAGCAUUGAAACGAUCAUGCUGCAGUUCUGCUACAAGAUCAUCUACCCCGAGAACUUCUUUCUCCUGCGCGGCAACCACGAGUGCGCUAGUAUCAAUAAGAUGUACGGCUUCUUCGAUGACGUGAAGCGCCGGUACAACAUCAAGCUCUUUAAGACCUUUACGGAUGUAUUCAACACGAUGCCUGUGUGCUGCGUUAUUAGUGAGCGGAUAAUCUGUAUGCACGGCGGCCUUAGUCCGGACUUGACAUCUGUCGGUGCCGUCCUUGACAUCGAUCGCCCAUGUGAUGUCCCCGAUCGCGGUAUCCUGUGCGACCUGCUGUGGGCUGACCCGGAGGAUGACGUGCAGGGCUUCUUAGAGAGCGACCGCGGCGUGAGCUACCUGUUCGGCGAGGACAUCGUGAACGACUUCCUGGACAUGGUAGACAUGGAUUUGAUUGUGCGAGCGCACCAGGUGAUGGAGCGCGGGUACGGGUUCUUUGCGAGCCGCCAGCUGGUGACGGUGUUCUCUGCACCGAACUACUGCGGCGAGUUCGACAACGACGCUGCCGUGAUGACGAUCGACGACAAGCUGCAGUGCUCCUUCCUGAUUAUUCCCGCUUCUAAGUCGUAG